AUGGCCACUAUAUUGUCUAGGUCGCCUCUGAGGGCGGCAAUCCUAUCGAAACGACUCGCAAUUGUUCCUCGAACAAACCCUAGCCAAUCUCAUUUCACACACCAGCAAUACCAAUGGAUCUCAACUGGACAAAUGACACCCAAAAUUGCCGAUGCAUCGAUGUGGAAUUCGGUAAUACCUAAAUUUCUACGGAGUGGAAGUCAGAAAGGACCGAAACAUGGCGCAGAUGUGGGAAUCAUGGAGCGACAUCCUUCAGUUUUCUACAUCCUCAUGUUCAUAUUAAUUGGGUCUCAAGCAAUCCAUCUGCUUCAACUUAGAACCUCCCACGAGAAUUUCUUGCGAAGUACAAACUCGAAGAUUCGCCAACUAAGCGAGGUCAUUGAUAAGCUCAAAAACGGCGAGGACGUGGAUGUGAGGAAAACCCUUGGUACAGGAAAUAAGGCCUCCGAGGAUGAAUGGGAAGAAGUACUGAGGGAGAUCGAACAAGAGGAGCUGGAUUGGAGGUCCAAGCUUGAUGCCAUACAAUCGAAUGAAAACCUUCAGCACUCCGAUACUACUGAAGACUCAAGCACGCCGAAGCGCCCCCCACAGUUCUACUAA